AUGCGAUUCGGCGCUUUCGUGGCCGCUAUCGCCAUCAGCGUCGCAAAUGCUGAAGUUCUUCCAUUAGGUGUCUCUUACUCUGUGUGGCAUCACAAAGUCGUCGAUAUGGAAGUCGUAAUUAAGGACAUGAGCCAAAUCAAACAGUAUUUUUCCAGCAUUCGUACGUUCCACGCGCGUUUUGGAGACGUGAAUGUGAUCAAAGCGGCAGCACAAUCCGGUAUCAAAGUUGCAGUUGGUGUGCAAAUGAAUGACCAGGCGCAAAUUGACGCCGAGAUUCAGGCUGUUUGCGAUGGUUAUAAGGAGCACCCGCAAACCGUUGAAGCCGUGUUCGUUGGUAACGAAAAUUUCAAGAACAAAGAAUUUGGUACCUAUUCCACUGAACAACUUGUCGGCUACAUUGCGCGCGUCAAGGCGUGUGUUGGUGACACCCCGGUCGGAUCGGUGCAGCGAAUCAAUGAGUGGCUCUCGGCUGAUGGAGUGGGGACGCUUGCAGCAGCGUGUAACGUUCUUGGUGUCAACAUUUACCCAUUUUUCACGAACGGUAAGCAGUCUAACAUCGAGAAGCUACAGUCGCAAUGGGAGCAAAUGGAGGCAAAGUAUGAUGCAAGCAAAAUACACUUGACUGAGACGGGAUGGCCGUCAGACGGUGAAAUAUACGGCAAUAGUAAUGUGCCUUCGAUUGAUACCAUGCAGCAAUACUUGAUCGACUUUGUGAAGUUUUCCAAGCAUAAGCCCAAGACCUACUGGUUCAUGAUGUACGACUCUGUAACGACCUCUUCCGGGAAAGAGUACGAAAAGCACUUCGGUUUGUUUACGACCGAUGGGAAGCAAAAGAAGGGGUUGACGAUUCCUAGCGGCGAUGACUUGACUUCGUAUACGUUUUCGCAAGCCAAUAUGGGGAAUGAUAUUGUUGGCACUGUAUCGCCCGCAAUGGUGACUCCAUCAGUGACUCCACCGGCCCCACCGUCCCCAGCCGCCCCACCGGUCCCACCUACUCCGGCCGCCCCACCGGUCCCACCUACUCCGGCCGCCCCACCGGUCCCACCUACUCCGGCCGCCCCACCGGUCCCACCUACUCCGGCCGCCCCACCGGUCCCACCUACUCCGGCCGCCCCACCGGUCCCACCUACUCCGGCCGCCCCACCGGUCCCACCUACUCCGGCCGCUCCACCGGUCCCACCUACUCCGGCCGCCCCACCGGACCCACCUACCCCGGCCGCCCCACCGGUCCCACCUACUCCGGUCGCCCCAGUCGCCUCACCUACUUUGGCCGCCCCACCUGCCCUAGCUGUCCCACCGGCCCCAGCCGCCCCAGCCACCCCACCUGCUCCCCCGACCACCCCAGCCGCUCCAGCCGCUCCAGCCGCUCCAGUGCCACCUAUUCGGAAACUUGGAGUCACAUCCGCACAGACAAUGCCUACACCUAUGACGCCUACGAUGAAGACUACCGGCACCAUGCCAUUAAAGCAAUAG